GGGUCCUUGACACUAAAGAUGGCAGCGCCGAGAGCAGAAUAGGAAUGUGUAUCUUGACGUGAGUCAAACCGCAGGACCUUCACCUGGACGUAAUUGUCUAUGAAAAAAAAGAAAAUCCGGUGCUACUUUUUCCAAUGUUUUCGUCGCGUCGGUAUGAGGAAAAAUAAAGAAAAGAAACAGAAAUUAACCAGUAGACUGUUGCUUUGGAGAGCUGCAGAUGAAUACUGAAGUUUUGGGGAGAUACGUGAGCACGGACAACUCGACAUUACCUUUGUGUGGUCACUUUUUUGAGUAGAAGGAAAACCUCAUCCUUGUCGAUCUAAGACCGGAUAUUGCUGACGGGAACAAAACGCGGCGCGACGUUUAAAUGCGGUGUGAUAAGAGGAGGCGGGGGUUGGAGAUCCGCUCGAUCGGUGAUCCAGAAGAAGGGGAGAACGCGAAUCCGGACCGCCUAACUCCAAGUGACUGAGUUAAGUAAGAGCACCCUGCGAAUCUAAAACUGAAUCCCAUGGGUCCAACACAUCGGCGUGAGAGAUCUACCCCCAUCUUAUUAAAGGGAAACUCAAGAGCCACCUUUCCUGCUGUAGGCGUUUUCAAGCAAAGGUUUGCCACGGACUCAUUUCGGGGCUGGAAAUGUCACAAGGCAGCCUGAGGAAGAACAGGAGGCUACUUCACCAAAUACUUCACCCCCCAAGGUUAAAAGCCAUGGAGCAAAUCACUGUGCGAAUCAAAGAAGAGGAUUGUGAAUGGGAACCUGUCUGCCUUACACAGCCGGGUUUCUGCACAAAGCAGGAAGAUUCAGAAUGGGCGAAUAUCUGUACUGAAGAUGAGGAUCGUGAGCGGGGGAUUAUUCGCAUUAAAGUGGAGGAGUCUAAUCUGGUAUCUAAACAUGAACCGGCUAAUAGUAUCAAGGCAGAAGCAUCUUCAGAGAAUGACUGCAAUUCAGGGUCCUCUCCGGCGAUCAAAAAAGAGACGUACAAUUUAGUGUCUGUUCAGAUGGCCGAGUCGUCCCUUCAGCAUCAUUCUGUCUACGUGAAAUCUGAAGCCCCGGGAACUGAUAAGUUAAUCAUUGAGAUGGCACACGGGAGAGAAGAACCAGAACAGCCAACCUUGGCGGGACUGCCUGAAAAAUGUUUUCAAGAGAGUAGUAGCUGCUCCAUGUCUUUAUUUAUGCUGGGCCUUCAUCCUGAAAAUAGGGCAAAAUCCACACUGGUCCAAGAAACAAAGGGCCCAGUCUUUUCAGACUGCAGUGCAGACUCAAGUACAGACAGUUUUCAAAAGCAGAAUAAAGACAAUCUUCUGAGGCGGACAAGAGUUCAUGCUGGAGAUAAGCGACACUGCUGUACUGAAUGUGGGAAGCGAUUCCCCUACCUUCGGGACCUUCAGAGACAUACAAGAAUUCACACUGGAGAGAAGUCAUAUUGUUGUACUGAAUGUGGGAAACACUUCUUGCGCAAUAAUAGUCUUCAGAGACACUUGAAACUUCAUCCACGGGAGAAUCCACAGAGCUGCUCUGAAUGUGGAAAACUGUUCUCAUGCCUAAGCAACCUUCAGUUGCACUUGAGAAUUCACACUGGAGAAAAGCCAUUUUCCUGCACUGAAUGUGGAAAGCAAUUUUCACGUGGAACCAGUCUUCAGGCACAUAAGAAAGUUCACACAGGAGAGAAAUCACAUAGCUGUUCUGAAUGUGGUAAGCAGUUCCAACGCAGAAACAGUCUUCAGAGACAUGUCAGAAUUCACACCGGAGAAAAACCACAUUGCUGCUCUGAAUGUGGUAAACGGUUCUCGGAAGUAAGCAGUCUUCAGAGACACAUGUGGAUUCACACGGGGCAAAAGCCGUAUUGCUGUUCUGAAUGUGGCAAACGAUUUUCAUCUCUCGGGGAUCUUCACCGACACACAAGAAUUCACACGGGAGAGAAGCCAUAUUGCUGUAUUGUUUGUGGCAAACGAUUCUCUCAAAUAAGCCAUCUCCAGAUUCACAUGAAAAUUCACACUGGAGAAAAGCCACAUUGCUGCUCUGAAUGCGGAAAAUGUUUUUCAGAAAUGAGUAACCUUCAUAGGCAUAUGAGAAUUCAUACUGGUGAGAGGCCACAUUGCUGUUCUGAAUGUGGUAAACGAUUCUCACAAAUAAGCAACCUGCAAAUACACAUGAGUAUUCACACUGGAGAGAGGCCAUAUAGCUGUUCUGACUGUGGAAAACGAUUCUCACAUCGAAGCAAUCUUCAGCAGCACAGAAGAAUUCACACUGGAUCGAGAGAGAAGCCCCUUUCCUGUUCUGAAUGUAGCAAGCGAUUCUCACGCAUGACUUAUCUUAAGAGACAUAUGAGAAUUCACACUGGGGAGAAACCACAUUGCUGCUCGGAAUGUGGUAAACAAUUUUUGCGCCUGAGCAAUCUUCAGGUUCACAUGCAACUUCACAUGGGAGCAGAGUUGCAGUGUUGUUCAGAGUGUGGUAAACAAUUCUCACAAAUAAGCAGUCUUCAAGCACACAUGCGAAUCCACUCAGGAGAAAAUUUGUAUUGCUGUUCAGAAUGCGGCAAACAAUUCUCAUGUGUAAGCAAUCUUCAGAUUCACACACGGAUUCACACAGGAGAGAAACCCCACGCUUGUUCUGAAUGUGGCAAACAAUUCUCCCGGGUAAGUAAUCUUCAGAGACAUAUGAAAGUUCACACCGGAGAGAAGCCUCACACUUGUUCUGAGUGUGGUAAACGAUUUUCUGAAGUAAGCACCCUUCUGACACAUAUAAGGAUUCACACUGGAGAGAGGCCAUAUUCCUGUUCUGAAUGUGGUAAGCGGUUCUCACAAACAAGCAAUCUUCAGAGACAUACAAGACUUCAUACUGGCAAAAAAGAAGUCAUGGCUCACAGGUGAUGUUCACUUCUCUCAUGACAACGUGCAUAGAAAUACAGAUGGAGACGUUCACCCCAGACAUAGAAGUCACUUUUUCUCCCCCCUUAAAAUUGUAGCCAUAGCUUCAUCAUUCUCGACACCAGUAUCAGGAAUCAUAGUCUUUCAGGCCAAUGAUUACACAUUCCACGACUGAUCAGCUUAGCUCUUUAUUCAUUGUUUCAUGAAAAUGAUUUUUUUCUCAGGGUCGAGAAUAAAAUCACAUUUUCCUAUUUUGUCUCUGCCAGGCCAUAAUGACUUUUACCUUUUUAGAAAAUGUCUAUGUGUCAGUUGUUACAUUGUUCUCUUAUGUCUUAAU